CUAGUUAUUUUUAUAAAAAAAAAGUAAGGAACUUGUACGUUUUAUGUUCAAUUCCGUUGGAAUACUGAACUGUUGGAAUCAUUGUGCUCUUCACUCAUUCGACGUCGUUUAUCUACGAGAUGAUGGUGGAUCACUUUCUCCUUCUUCUCCUCUUCCUUUCCUAGACUUCUCUCAUAUUUUUCAUCAAUAGAAUGAUGUGUAAAACUGACUUCUCUCGCUUGUUAACUCAUUAAUUUGCUGAUAACCGACGAGUCUAAGGCACGAGUUGUGUGUUGAACAACCAAACAUGCAAGGUCCGUGCAUCACUCUCGCAGGUCGAGAGUUGGCCAUUCCAAAUAUCGAAUGGGCCGUGCAUGGUCUUUUCUCAAAGGUGUGUUUCGUGACAGAUGUUACGAACAAACGCUCAUGGACUCCCCUUAACUUGCACGGGCUGUGUUACAACAUCAAUUUAAGCACGGGACGUGCUUCCCUCUUCACAACCUCAAUGGUAAUGCAUAGAAAACUUCCACGGACCAUGCAAUAACCAUUCUAGAGUUAUGGCCCAUGCGGUAUGGUCGAUAUAUCUUUUGCAUGCUUCAAGCUUCGUCUCUUCCUCGUUGAAACAUGAAAUUUGUUAGAACAAUAAUACAUGCAAUCUUCAUUGAUUACUUAGAUUAAGUGUAUGGAAUGUGAUUGAUUUUUAUGUAAAAAAUUAGAAUAGUAAUAAGUUCGUUACCAAAAUUGAAAUGUUCAAUGUUUUCGCAGAUUAACUUGGUUUUUAAUGUUUGUCAACUUGUUCCAUGGUUUUGCCAUUUUUCCCAAUUUUCCAAUUUCGGUCAAAACUAAUGGUGCAAUGUUUUGGCAGAUUUAUUUACUGUUUUUGAAUGUUUUUGAACUUAUUCCAAGGUCUUCCCCAAUUUUUGCCAAUUUUAUAAUUUUGCAAUUUCAGACCAAAACUAACGAUUAAAAACUGGUUAUGAUUCCAAAAAAAUGGACAUAUAACCUAACCUUAAAUGUACGCCAACACCCAUGAGAUGGUUAUGGUUCUGAAUGAAGGUAUGAAACCAUGCAUCCCUAUCUAUGUGGAUUAAUUUAGAUGAUUAUCUUAAAAAAAAUUCUAUAUAACUAUCGUCCGAGCACAUUUGUGCCAAUUAAGUUAUUGAUGUAUGUUCGAGGGGGUGGAAGGUGCAUACACACAAAAAAAAUAAGAAAAGUAGUGAAACGAGAAGAAUUGACUACACAAACCACCCCUAUAGGUCCAUGGGACAUGAAACAUCAAUCCAUUUCUUCGAAGUAUAAGUCUUCCACUCUAUGCCCUUUUCUUCCUUAACAACCUCUUUGUCACGAGUACAUCAACAUAUGCAAGAACCACCACCAAAUGGCCGAGCACAUCAAAGUACCUGCCCACCUACCUGUCUUGCGGAUUAUGUUUAGAUUUCUUCUUAGUCAAGUAAUUGGUGUUUUUGUCAUAUAGUAAGUUGAAAUAAUGUCGAGCAUAUCUAUAAGCUAUGUUUUGAAUUUUCUUUAGGUAGUUCUUUUCCCAGAUCGUAGAUAGAACCAGUUAAGGGUAAUGGUUUCAUUACAAAUAGGUGAUGUCUCACGUUCAUUAACUAUAACGACUAAACUUACCUAUACUUCUCGUUUUCUUACCUUCUACCCCUAUAUGCAAGGAUUUCUCUUCUCAAAUUAUCUAGUCUUUGGCAAGAGACCCUUGGUGAUAACACAUCGUAGAUUGAACAUAUUGCCCCCUGACAAUCGAGAUACACCUUGAAACGUAUCCCUCAUCCUCAUAGUACAAUAUACGCAAGAAUUGCUUCAAUGUAGGAGAAUUGGAGUAGUAAUGUGUCGGUCACAAGUAGUGGAGUCAGUUACUAAUAGUGGAACUUGAAUAUAAAGUUCUAGUUAUUAUUUUCCAACACAUGUUAUAUUUCUUUUUUCUACAAUUAUAAAUAGAUGUCCUCGGAUGUUGAAGGGGUCUUAUCUUCGAGUAUUGUAGUGUGAACAACUUUGUUGAUGUUUUCCAUGAAGGGAAGAAGACCUUUCUAACGAGAAGCUUUCUAUGAAGGAAGAAGAACUUCUGAACGAGUUAUCUUUUAUUUCAAUAAUAAUACUCCAUUUCAAUUUCAUUUACAAAGUGUGACAAAUUACCAUUUGCUUCCUUUUCUCUAACAAAUUGGUACGGUGAACGUGGAUAGUAAUGGUGGUCACACGAAACUUGGUUGAUCGUGUUGAUGCAUUAGAAAAAGUGAUGAAAGAGCUAACCUCAUAUAUGGAUAGUGUAACUUAAAAUAAAGUUGUGCUAGUUACUCCCUUAGACCGCCAUUUAUAAUCUCUUUUCAACUUGGCAAGGAUUUUAAGAAAUCAUUUGAAUUUAUGAAGAAAAAUGAGGAAAUAAGCUAAGUGUUUGACAAACUUCCAUUUGCUUAUUUUUCUCUAAAAUUAACUCUAAGCUUUGACACGUAGACCAAAAUAGAAAUUCAUAUGCUUGGAAAACCGCCUUGGCAUGUCUUAUUGGAGGUUUCGUAGAACAUCAGUGAUCGUAAUAGAGUUCCAUAGAAUAUCAAUGAAAACAUAGGAUCAAGCACUUAUUUUCAAAACAUCCAAAGGAGGAAGGUACAAUCCAUGAAACUAAUUCAUGAGAGGGGUGUGAAUUAUUCUUCAACCACAAUAGAGUCUCUAACAUUUAUUAAAACUCAGUGACUGCCACGGCCAAGUAUGUAUCCUCUCAUCAUUGAAUUUAUUUAGUUUAGAAACAUUCAUAUUAAAUUUUGGAAAGUAAGAAUGUGCAUGUGAUGAUAUAUAUAUUGGACACAUUAUAUAGUGUAAAUAUAACCAAAUAACCUCGAAAGAUUGAAUGGUCAAUGAUCCAUUACCACUACUUUACCUACCCUUCUCCUCAUCUCUCUUGCUUUACCAAUUUUGUCGUAAUUCUCGUGUCAUAUCAUAUGCCCAUAUUAUUAUGGGACGGAGGGAGUACUUCAAAAUAGACGUAGCAAACAGAAAGAGUGGAGAGCAUCCUACUGAUUAUAAAUAAGUGUUAUAGAACUAAACUAUUUGCAUAAACUUAGACACUGUCAUACCGAGAACCCAGAAAUAGGAGAAGUCUAUUCAAAGAAACAAGCUUAUUUCUUCACUCCUCAUGUACUGAAAAAAUGACACUUCAACCUAGGUUCCUUUAUACAGUUACUUUUCAGCAACUAAUUAAGAGUAUUUAUACAAAUGGAUCAAAGAAUUUAUCAGGAACUGAGCAACAAUCAUGAAUCUUAGAAUAUGCAAGGAACACCAUUAUAACUUGCAAUUUCUGAUAUUUAUGCUGAUUUUAUGCAGUAUGAAGUCGGUGAUUGAAAGGUAUAACAAAGCAAAAGAGGAACCUCACCAGUUGUUGAAUUCAAUUUCUGAAGUCAAGUAUUGGCAAAGUGAAGUUAAUAUGCUGAGGCAACAAUUACAGAAGUUACAAGAAAACCACCGGCUGUUACUUGGUGAAGGGCUUAAUGAUUUAAAUGUCAAGGACCUACAGAACUUAGAAAACCAGCUGGAGAUGAGUCUACGGGCUGUCCGAAUGAGGAAGGACCAUAUCUUAAUAGAUCAGAUAGAAGAGCUGAAUCAGAAGGCGAACCUGGUCCACCAAGAAAAAUCAGACUUGCAGAAGAAGGUAACAGCAAUUCGCCAAGAAAACAUGGAUUUGUAUAAGAAGGUGUAUGGAACAAGAGAUGCAACUGGUGCAGACACUAAUUCAUUCAUGACUGAAGGAUUAUGCAUCAGAGAUGACCCAGAUGCACGUAUAUGCCUCCAGCUUUGCCAGCCACAACAAACAAAUCAUGAGGCUACAAAGUCAGAGUAAGUUUUGUUCAUAUAAACCUAAAAGUCACCAAACUAGUUUCUGCCUUCCAAUACUGGAUAAGGUGUAGCAGACUGCAAAUGCAUUAUCAAAACGACAGAUAAUUUUCAAGAAUGUUCACUUGACCAUUGAUGAUGAGAAGACAGCAGUUAGAAUCUUAUGUAACAAUUGUUAAAAGUCGAAGAUACUGACUGCUAUUAUUUGGAAUUUGGAUUAAAAAACAUGAGUAUUGGAAUUGCAUCUCGCAAACAUCAGAAAUCUGGCUGUAAAGAAAGAAGCCUCAAGUCUUCAAAAGAAAAGAAAUGAUUGUGUUGGACUCAA